UUUGUUAAAAUGUGCAUAAUUUCAACAGACAAUGAAGUAAUCAACCUAUGGCUCUUAAUCUUAUAAUUGUAUACGUUGAACUAUCUAAAAGGAAACUUAAAUGACGAAUAUGUCCUUUAAAAUGCUGUAUUCGUAGCGCGUCUGAUGCUAGGUCCACUAUUCUUUCCUCCCGUUAAGGGGUCGUAAUAUUUAAACAUGAUCGGAACGGGUUUGUACAAGCGAUUGUCUGGGCCGCACCACCAACCACUCAGUACACCAGCGAGAACACCGCCACAUAAACACAGCAUGAACAAGCUACGCUUCAAAUGGGGCGGGAGCGGUGCCGAGAAGAAAGACAAGGAGCCCAAAAAUCAUUACGUGAACGGCGGAGACCACCACUACAGCCUACAGCCGGACACGGGGGAAUAUUGCCAGUCGGACCCGCCGGGUACCGUACAGACUAACGGAGACGUACCGGGAGACCAUCCCCGGAACUCCCGGCUCCACCUCUCACCUGCCGCCGCCUCACCUGCCGGCUGGACCUACUACGUCACGCAGACAUCACAGGAGGAAGGAGAAGGGGAGGACGAGAACAGACUCUUGAGUUAUGUCGGGAAGAGAGACUAUUCGGGCGGGGUGGAGGACACGGAGAUUGUGAGCAGGAACGGGACGGUACGGGGGGUGAAGAACAGGGUACGGGCGGGGCUGGCGCACUUCACUUCCCUCACACAAGGAGCGCAGCCGAAUUCUCACUUACAGAAGGCGUGCAGCCAUGAGAGGGGGAGGAUCAUUGUUUAUACCACCAGCAUGCAAGUCGUCAGGGACACCGCCGAGAAGUGCCAAAAGAUCAGGAGAAUACUGGAGAGUCACAGAGUUCGCUUCGAGGAAAGGGACGUUGUUAUGAACUUGGAACUGCAGAGAGAACUGAGGGCGAGGCUGGGACAGACCGAGGAGGCGCUGACCUUACCACAGGUGUUCAUAGACGGGCAGCCGAUAGGGGGGGCGGAAAGAUUAGACCAACUGAAUGAAGCUGGGGAACUCAGAAAACUCUUGAGCCGAUUCGAAAAAAUCACGGUGCGCUCCCUGUGUGACCGGUGCGGCGGGUACAGGUACAUCCCCUGCACGGUGUGUAACGGCAGUCGGAAGUCCGUGCACAGGAACAACUUCACGGACAUGUUCCGCGCGCUCAACUGUACCGCCUGCAACGAGAACGGUCUGCAGAGGUGUCCCGUGUGCGACGAGGAACAGUGCGUCAGUUUUAUAUGAGUUAGGCCACACUGACGUGAUUAUAUGGAUGAUAUCUAGCCUCUACCAGGCUUUGGAAGCGGCUGGGACGAGUAGGAAUUAGCCAAAUAGUCAGUGACGUGCCAAGGGAGUUGGUCCACUAAGGAGUACAGUUUGCAAAAACUCUUUAGCGGACCAGUUCCCCUGGAAUGUUAUCUGUCUAUUUUGGCCAAUUGCUACUUCUUUUUUCCUCAUUGAAAAAAGGUUGCCACCAUACUGUGAAUCCUACCUAAUACAAUAUGUCCUUGAUCGUACAAAACGAAGCUGCAAUGCCAGCAAAUAUACAUGUAUUGC